AUGGCCCAAGAAGCAAUUCUUGAAACCAUCACUGAUUUCCACGCUGUUGCCACUGAAACAGAGUCCGUGUUCCCGUCCUUAUGGAGUGCCAAUCACGUGAAAGCAACGUGCAAGAGCUGUUAUGGAACAAUACAAAUAAUAACAAAACUUAAGAACUUUGCUGGUUAUAGACUCGGAAAGCUUUUAGUGGAGUCACUGGUGCUGUCAAAACUUGACUAUUGUGACACUGUCUAUUACCCUUUGCUGGAAUUUCAACUAAAACGUUUACAACGUGUCCAGCUGGUAGCUGCUAGUUUUGUCCUGAAUAGGUAUGUAAAUGACAUUAACGAUAUUGUCAAGAUAGGGUGGUUACCAGUAAGACAGCGAAGAGAUUUCCACGUUCUCAAACUUGUUCACCAGGCUUUGUACUCCCCCAGCUGGCCGUCUUACAUACUACUAGAAACAGUUAAACAUCUGCGAUCUUUGCAGUCAGGAGCAGCAACAAGAUGA